GCAGUUCCUUUCGAUAUGCUUAGAAUAGGAAAAUAUCUCGGGCAUUUCCAGAAGCAUGCAUCUGAUUGACCGAUAGAAAUGUGUUUAUUGGUGGAAUGUGGUUUUCACUAGUCUCCAAUUACAUCCUUGGUGUGUCAGUUGGUGAGGUUUAUACGAGCUAUAUUGUCUUCCAGGGCAACCAAUCACAGCUCGCGGGUGGAAUUGGGCCACGGUCGCUCUGCGCAUGUCCGCUGUACCCAAUCACAAAAUUCUGGGUAAAUUUGAUGCACGCUGGCUGCUUGCUUGGGUUGUUUUCAAGAAUUUUUACGCCAUUGUGACCUAAAUUCCUCCACAGAAACUCACCAAACCAAGACGGAAAAGCUUGCAGUCCCGAGUUGAGAUUUUUCUGUGCUACCUAAUGACAUAACGGACACAAUUGAGAGGUUUCUUCGCCAAGCAACAUCGCGGGAAGUUGAGCUGUCGCCUUGCACGGCUUCUCUUGUUAGCAAUUAUGGCGGACGUCUCGGAUGAAAGUUAUCCUACUGAACCUCACAAGACUAAACACAAGAGAGACAGGAAUGAAAGAAGGGCAAGAGACAGAGCUAAUCGAUAUGGCGAUGGUAUGGACGGAACUUCAUCGUCCGCGAAGGAACGGAACAAUCCAGGUUUAGAUGAUAGCGGAGUCGCAAAUGACCUCGCAAGCACUGGCGAUCGGGUAGAAUCUGCGAGACGAGACAGAAGAGAAAGGCGGAAACCUAAAGAAGAGGUUGAAACACAUGCCAACGACGAGGCACCCGUAGAAGGGGCCACAGCAGCCACGGAAGAAACAUCGCCAAAGAAAAGCCUCAAGAAGGACAGAAAGAGCGAAAACAGCGCGCACAAGAGACAGGCAAAGAGACAUUUGAGAGAAAAACGGCGGUCAACGGGGGUUGUUAUUAUGCCCGGUGGUGCCGAUGGAGAUGUGAGUAACUAUUUUAUAAUGUUCUCUAGUUAUGUCUGUUUACCAGUACGUUUUUUCUUUGAGGUCCCCUCGCCCAAGAGAACAGCUAAGAAAAUGAACUUUGCCGAUUUGUUCGCGCGAGUAAUUGCAUUGAGAUUCCGGCGUCACGAACAAUGUACAUUUCUAUAUAAGCUUAACUGUUCACACGAAUUAUACGCGAGAUUGUGCAGUUUUAACUAUUUUCUGUUCUUUACAUCGUCCUCCAUUUUGUGAGAUGUGUUGUUUUUGAAUUUUUGUAAUCUCUACCGGGGAUUAUUGUCGCAAAAGUCAGUUUAGACUAGUAGAAAUUGACCUUUUGUUGUUGAGUGAAUUUCGCCAAAGAUGGAUAAUUUUAUUUGCAAUUCGACAUCGGCAAAUCUAAACAGUAAAUUAAAAUCAAUCCAGCUGUAGUGUUAUUUAAGGAAAAGUGGAAAUUAAUAAGUUUACGACAAUAUAACAGAUGGUGGCAAAUUUCCUCGGUGUUUCUUAUAAUUGCCAUUGUUAUGGGACGAAUAUAAGUGUUAAAUUUUUGUACAUGUUUCCCUAAAUACCUGUCUACCUACAGGGCAAGAUGUUUUCUGUACUUUUAGAGACAUCAUGAUUUAAGUACUCCAAUUAUCGUGAAGUUAGUCGUAGCAUUAGUCGUUUUAACAAAGAAACGAACUUGUAUGAAGUACGGCAUCUCAACACGUGAAGUUCAAACAAAUGUCAGUAAUUAAUCCUGAACAGUUGAGGUAAAUCUUACCUUUCAUGUACAUUGUGUGAGGAUUGUGUUCUUUUGCGAAAUAAGACUUUUCUUCACAACGUAGUUCUGACUAAAAUACAUUCGAUACUUUGAUAUAAGAUGACUCAAACUUGCAUAAAAUUAAACUUUCCAAUGUGCUCCUUUAAUCGAAACACUUAUUCGCCUCUUUGAGCGUAAACAUGUACAUGUAUGUGUUGGACUUUUUUUUUUAGUUAUAUUUUCUUUCGAUAACGUGUUAUGUUUUUUAUUUACGUGCACAUUUGUUCACUCACUCAUCUCUUGAAAUUACGAGAAACUUCUCUUCAACUUCGUCCUCAUUAUAACUCAAUAAGAUUAUAUUGAUCCGAGAAAUGCCUUUAUACAGUACAAUACCGUGAGACGUUCUUUCUGAUUUCUUUAUGCUUUCAAUUACUGAACUGACGUUGGAAACGUAAAUGUUGUUUUGCAUUUAGAGCGAAGAAGACGACCUAACAAAGCAAGUGAAAACCAACACACAACAAAACGAACAAGCGAACGACGACGAAGUUCAAUCUGAGGUAUGCUUAGUGAAAUCCUUUUAGAAAUUCAAUGAUCUGUUGUUUUUAGUGUGUAGAGAAUAAGUCUGGGUGCUGUAUACUGCUAUGUGUGUUUUGGGGUUUUCCACAUAUGCUUUGUUGAUAUAGAAAAAGUUACUUUUGCAAGAUGAAAAUGUUACUUUAAUUUCCUUGUUUUAAUUGUGCAAAAAUAUGGGUACCAAGUAUGUCAAUGCCCAUAGUUAGUGAAAUUCCUAGUGUAUAUCUAAAUUAGGGCAUUUAAACACCCUUGAAAUGUCGCGUUUAUGAGGUCUUCCCAUCAGACAAGUUGUUUUAGACAACAAAGGCUUGUUUUAUCAUAUCUUAAUAUUAUUUAAUUACAAGAAUUGUUUCUCAAUAAAUUAAUAAAAACAUUUGCUCUAAUCUUUUGUGCUUUCCUUCAAGUUGAUGAAAAUAUGAGACAAAGUAUGGCUUAGCAGAAAUUGAAAAGGGAUAUGAAGAAAUGUGAUAGUUUAUUGCAAAUGACAAAACAUAACAAGGUUAUUUGACUGUUUUUACAUGCAUAUAAAUGGCUCUCCAUAAAAAUUAUCACAUUUCUUAAGCUUUAAAAGAAGUCUGCUUAUCAGCUAUCCAGAAAGCUGAAGUUUGGCAGGAGUUUGUAUUUUUUUCCAUUUCAAAACCUUGUUAAAAGUUUAGUUUGAGCAGAUAAUCUGAAGUCUACAAUAGCAACUGUGGAUAUUUGGCAGAAAUGGUAAACAUUACUUUUUUCAUCUGUGAUGUGUUUGGUUGAAGCUUUUUUUUCACACUUUUGAUUGCAUUUCCAUUCGUACAUACAAUUCUGAUUAGUUUUUUUUUUCUCAAUUCUUGACAUUUUUUCCGGAUUUGUCCUUAGAGUGUGCUUGUAUUCCUGUUUUUACAUUUAUUUUGUUCAUUUUUGUUAGUGUUAUUUUGGAUGUCUCUCACAAAAAUGUACAGAUUGUGUUUAUGUUUAUCUUUGUUUUUAUAGCUCAAGGUUUACCCGAUCAGUAACAUUUGCCUUUAUAAUAUUAUUUUCUAAGACAUUGCCUUAUUUAGAAAUUACCUUUAGCAUAGUCGCAGACAAAAAAAAACUACUGGAAAACUGCUUAAAAGGGCAAUGAUAUUUGUAUCAAUGUUAUUUUUUUUGUUUUCUAGUAAAGUCGUUUGAAAGAGAAUUAUUAAUAGUAGGGUAAAUUCAAUUCCCUGUUGUCUGGCUAUUUUUAUAUAUUUGUCAAGCGGAAAAUAGACUCAAGUUGAUGGAUUGAAGGUUUAUUAACCGGAUUGGCUUUGGCAUAAUAACAAAGCUUGGCUUGUGAGAUAUGAUAACAAAACUUUAAAAGGGUCUACUUGAAGCUCAUCUUAGGUUCCCUCCAAUUUUUUUUAACCCAAAAUUUCAUUUGAAUUAUUGCUUAGAGACUCUGUAUCUGACUUUUAGUAUUUUUUGGUAUCAUAAAAUAGGAGAAGUUCUCUUCUUGUAAUCCCUCUCUCCAACGUUUUGGUAGAAUUGUAAUUAUGGAGCAAAGAUUGACAGUAAGAGAAAAGCACAUGAAAAUCACAUGUAGUUAUCCUCCAAGAGUUUUAUCCAGUCUACACUAUUUUGCAAAAACAGAUGAACAAAACUUAGGUAUUUUUAGACAUGGCAAAUGCACUUGUGUGUUUGAUGUUUCUUGUUUGUGUGUCAAGUCAGGUAACGGAAACUUGUGCAGAUAAGCUUUCAAUUUUGCUUGAAAAUACCCAAACCAAAAUGGUACAGUGUACAGAUCGGACAUGGUUAAUACCUCGUAUUUUUAAUCACCGUUGAAAGGAAAGUGUUCCUCUGAGGAACCGUCACAUGCUACAUGUAAAUAGCAAGUUAGUACUAGUCACUUGGAAUUGCUGAAAUCCAAUUUGGAAAAUUAAUUAAUCAUGUGUGAAAUUUGGUGAUAACAGGGCAGGUUAUACCAACUAGAGGUGUUGUAUUAAGUGAGGGCAGAUAAUAUUAAGUUGACUAAAAUUAUUCUCUUUUCCUUCUAUCUUGCAGGAUACUCCAAGAAGUAAAGGGUGUGUUUCAUUUUUUCAUGAUUUUUACUUCUGCAAUUUAUUUACCUUUACAUGCACUUGUUUACUAUAAGCGUAGAUUAGAGAUGUAUACCGUUACCAACUCUUGUCCCCAUGGCUGUGAUCCUUCUGGUCAGGGCCACAGAUCGAGAGCUCUCACCGGCUUUAGGAUAAUGUGCAAGUGCUGUAGUUCCUAUUUUGUAACUAUUGAUAACCAUUAGUGUUUCAAUUUCUGAGGCUGUGCAGAAAGGUGGAAGUCGUAUAGUGCACACUCCCUGCUUAAGCUCCUGUCAGAGCUCUUGGUCAGUGGUGUUGCAGCUCUGGGGAUGAGAAUGACUGUUACUCAAUCAAACUAAGCUACCCACUCAAAGAUCUGUAUAUCUACAUCUGCUUGCCUCGUGGACAUUGCAUUAGAACUGUCAUCCAUCAUUGAUUUCAGCAUAUCAACUUGAGCUGAGAGAGGCAUAACUAGCCAGUUAUUUGAAAUGCUCUGAUUAACAAAUUGGGAGCCACUGUGGUAAAGCUGUAAGUUAGAUCUAAAGAUUUACAGUUAAACUGUGGUUAUUUUCAGGGCUGUCACUAAGGGCCAGAUGCCAGGGGCUGAGGGCUGGGGAAAUCCUUGGCUACUAUGAGCGUAAGCCCCCGCUAUUUCCAUAAGAAAUUAAAGCAAAAUGGAACCAAAAGAACUUCCUAGCUUGACAAUUCCCCUCCCAAAAGUCAACUCCUUUUAUGGCGAACCCCAUGGGGACCUUGAGUUAGUGUCCUUGAUUACGAGAGUCCAUAACUGCAGGAGUUUAUUUCAGUCAAACAUCUGUUAUAUUUUUUUACCUGGAAUUUAACUGCUGUCCGUAUUAUCAGGGUUUUGCGUAACAGCAGGGUGUUAUUGCAUUUACCCGGCAAAUAAUUGAAAUUUUAGUGACAGCCCAGCUGUGUUUAUUAAGACACUGUGCUGUACAUCAUCUUUCCCAUAAAAAUAAUUAUUAGAGAUUAAGUGAACUGUCCUUGAAUUUCUGCUAAAAGUGGGUGUCUAAGGAAUGCUUGGACACCAUUCUGGCUUGAAGCAUGUUCCCUGGUGUAGUGUUGUAACAGUGGCUUUCUGUAAUUGCCGGCUUCUUUAGACGUAUUUUAACUUAUAAGGGCUCUGUAAAUCCAUGCCCUGAUUCGCAGACUUUCCAUUAAUUCUUGCUCUCUAAAAUGAAUUUCAUUUUUUUAGAUCAAACAGAAGAAUAGAGCAGAAAGCAGUAAGUGACCUUUUUUUUGUCUUUGUGAAAAGUUAACCAGACUAUCUGUUUUGUCAGUCAAUACUGAGUAGAUUACUGCGAAACACAGGUCAUCAAAUUAGUGACUUUUGCUCCAUUGUUAGUUGCCAAAUGUUUCUAUAUUUGCCAUGGCAAAGGUAAUCAGUUUAUGAAACCUUGGGUGCUUGCCAUUUACCCAAACCACACGAGUGGAAGUCUUGUGCAUUAACGUAAAGCUAUAAAAUUUGGUGCGCAGGGAGAAUGACCCGCUACAAAAUACAUGUAUAUCCAAAUCAGCUGAACAUGACUUGUCUAAAAGAAUGGGAAAUUGCAUCACCUCAAUUCGCAGUCCAUGUUUUCUGAAGCUUCUCAAACGGAAUGGUGCAAACCAUUUGAUUUUCGAACCUGAAUUUCCAGUUUUCCAAUGUAAAUGGUAUUUUAAGUACCCCUGGUCACUUUGGCACAAAGGGAUGUGCCUAUAGCAGAGUUAUCCUUGCAGUAUUGGUGUUGGUGAGGAGAGUUUCAACUGUAAUAAAUACCGGUAUGUACUUUUGAUAUUUUCAGCAAAAAGAUAGUGAAACUAUUCAGACACAACAACUGCGUGAAAAGAUAGAUGAUUAUGAAACGCAGAUAGAAGACUACAAAUCAGAACUUGAUAAAGUCAACAAGGUAGGGGACACUUUAGUCUAUAUAAUUUUUCAUUCCCCUACAUGUUCAUGAAAAGAAAAUAAAAUGAAUAAAAAUUACAUGUACUUAAUUGAAUUGUCCCUCCUUAUGGGGCUUUUCAUGUACAAUAAAACAAAUUACUUAAAUGGAAGAUAAAAGGGUUGAGUGUCCCAACCAGUGGGGGGUGAUCCGUUGGCUGUUUACAAGUGUGGCCAAGAACAUGAACUUGGGACUACGCAAACAAAUCCAGCCAGUGGUAAGGGUGGGACUUGAACGUGGGGCCCUCCAAUUACAAGUCCAGUGCUUUUACUACUUGGCCACAUGUACUGCCUCCUUACAAAAGAAGUGAGUGAGUUUAUGAAGCUGUCCAUUCGAUGGACCAGAGAUGAAGGAGCUAUGCCAUCACUGAUGACAAGAGUGAGAAAAGAACAAGGCUCUUCCUGUGAUAUCCUUCCUGAUUAAGAAAGUGAGGUAGAGGGCAGGGGACACAUGUGUGUUAUUUAUUUAUACACCUGUACAGCCUGCGAAUACGGCCAUCUCCUCCUGUUCCUUGCCGCUAAGGACAUUUUGCAGUGCUGACCUCCCUCCUGGUGAAAUGUCCUUUGCGGCAAGGAGCCAGGGUAGAGAGCUGCUUUCGCAGGCUACUGACUGUUCACUCUGAAGACUCUGCUCUCCUUCUUUCACUCUUAGGGUCAAAAUGUACCAACUUUUUUGUCUGUUUUAUCUUGUAGGAGCUGGAGCAACUACGCUUAGACAACCAGCGGCUGAAAAUCGAAAACAGCUCUUUAUUACGUGUUAUAUCGGUAAUGAAACCAAAGUAGUCUUCACCAUGGUGUAUUACUCAUUUCUUUGCUGGGCUGCUGUAGAAUUAUUUUUGUUAACUGAUUUAGUGAAAUGGACGGCCCUUCUGCCAGAACUGACUAAUUUGCCACAGUAUCAGGAAGACAAGAUGGAAUUCUGCUUAAGAAAGCACUUUGCUAGACUGUUUUACUGUCAUGUACAGUAAUGACUUGCUGCAGAAGAGGCAUCGAGUUGCUGUUGUGGAUUAUUUUCUGUGGUUUGCACAUAUAUAACUUUAAAAGUUAUAGGAUGGAUUUUUUAUGAAGUAUAUAAUAAUCUUUAGUUUGACUUAUAUGUAGGUAACCUUCUGUAGGGAGAGAAAACACAAUUACUUUAGCUGAAAUCCAAAGAAAUACCAGAGAUAUUCCAUGCUGUGGUCUGUGAGACUUGCACUGUUCUGUUUUCUUGAAUGUAGAUAGAUUAAGUAACAGCUUGUCCUGUUAGGUCAGUAGAUACACUUUAAACCGGACUCUACAAAAGCAGCACCCGUCAGAAGGGUAAGCGUUGUCUUACUGAAAUUCUGACUCAUGAGACUGAAUUUUAUUUCUCGUGAGAUUGUCAAGGCAUGGUAAAUGCUAAAAGAACAUGGCAAAGUAGUGCUUGGUGUUCACACGGUUGUAGUUCUUUGUUGGUGGAAAGAAUUAUAUCAGUGACCCUUUGGUCCACGCACGACUGUUCUUCGUGUUUCAGUUCCGUGCAAUGUUUGAAGUGUUCAUUUUACUGACCAGAAUUCAGAGCAGUCUGUUAUUUCUUCUCAGCUCUUCCUGGUUCUCAGAAAUGUUUUAGACGACAGCUCCUCGCAGCUUCGUAGAGUGUGUGUUUGUACAUGUACGUGUAUGUGUUGUCUACCCCCUGUGCAAGUCUGAAAGUUUAUUCCUACAUUGUAAUUGAAUAAUUCACGGACUAUGAAAAAAUAUAUAUUACUUAAAAUAUUGCCCGCCUUUGUUGAAUUACGGGCAGUUUACUUCGUAGAAAGUGGAGGUUUUUUUAAUGCUGUAGGGUUUCGAAAAUCGAUUUAUCACGGCAUAAAGAGAUUUGAAUUGAGAUGUUGAAUGGCUUGUUUGGGAAAAACAAAAAGAUGCUGGCAUUUGUUUAUAAACAGCUCUCGCUUUGUCACUUUGUAUAAAAUAGAGUCUUUCAUUUGCGUACUCUUUCGUUGCUCUUGUUUCAGUGGGCGCGCAAUGCCAUUAUUGCGUGAGAUGCACAUCUAGGGUCACUUUUACCAAUGUAAUUUACAAGUGUAACUAUUGUUUGAAAAUAAUAACUGCACUUGUAAGAGUUUUUCUGAGUUGACCUCAGGAUAGAUUCUGUUACCAACAACUCGUAGCAUUUCGAAUUUAAAAGUUUUGAGAACUUAGAAAGCGCAAGUGGAAAAAAUCCUUUAGAAAAAGAAUUUUUUUAUUAAAAGUUUUAGACGGAUACUUGUCAAACGUCGUCAUUUGCCGUUGCAGCGAUUUCUUAAUCGUGUGUGGCAGAUUGAUCUCCUUCAAACCACAUCUUUGGUUCCAUUGUCUUUUUAUUUUAUUUUACACUGAAGCAAUCUUUUUUGAGCUCUUCCUUUGUCCUCGUUUCUCUAGUUUCAGUUAUUUUAACAAUGACUCUUUAAUGUUAUAUUUUUGUAUUAUGUUAGUAAAUACAAUUUCAGUGAUUAAACAAAGGAAACUUG